AUGGCGAAAACAGCGACUCACAACUCACCGCGGGCGUGGUUCCUCACAUCGUCACUCUCGCCACUGAGCAUCCGCCUCAUCCGGCUGUUACUAGCGCACGGCGACUACGUGGUGGCCUGCCUGCCGCCGACCGAGAUCGAGGAUGAGGACCGCAGCGCCGAGUUUCGUGAGCUGGUCAACGAGUGCAAGAGUAACCGAAAAGACCGCGAGGGCUGGAAGGACCGCAUCCGCGGCAUUCGCUGUGAUGCCCGGGCCAUGGGGCAGUGUGGUGCCGCGGUUGCCGAGGCCGUGCAGGUUUUUGGGCGGAUAGACAUUUUGUUGUGCUGCAAAUUUGAAGCCGUCAUUGGCACCGUCGAGGAGAUCUCAGCAACCCCCGCGACACGCACUCUCGUCCGCGACCAGUUCGACACUAUCUUCUUCUCCCAAGUCAACUUCAUCAAGGCCGCCCUUCCCCAGUUCCGCGCCCAGCACACCGGCCACAUCAUGGUCCUCACCAGCAUCGGCGGCCACAUCGGCACCCCCUGGAUGUCCAUGUACACAGCCGCGACCUGGGCACUCGAGGGCUACUGCGACUCGCUCGCCUACGAAAUCGCCCCCUUUAACAUUAAAGUCACCGUCGUCCAGCCCAACAAAGAAAUCCAAAGCCUCACCAACCGCAUCGUGUUCUCCCCGCAACUCCCCUACUACAACGCCAGCACCCCUAGCAACAACAACAACAACGACAACGACAGCGAAACCAACCACGUCUUCCCCCCGGUCCCCAGCAUGCGCGAAAUGCUCGCCAACGUCCUCAACGCCAAUCCCGACACCGCCGUCGACGCAUCGGCCGCUGACGGCGUCCAGUACCGCUACCCGCGCCUGCCCGCGGCCGCGUAUGACCGGUUGGUUAUGGAGACGGUGCAUGCGCUGACGGCGAUUGGGGGGCAUGAGAACCCGCCAGCGAGGCAUAUUGUGGGGUUUGAAGGGGCGGUGGCGGUGAAGGAGAAAUUGAAGACGGUUACGGAGGAGUUGGAGGAUUUUGUGGACGCUAGUUUGGCGGUGGAUAUUUUCGAGAAGAAGGGGGAGGUUGAGAUAUCAAAAUUGACCAUGAGGGACUGGGGAAUGAAAAUAGCUGUGUUGAUUUUCCAAAUCAAAUCCCGGCCGCGACGGACGACUGAAAGAAAAAAAGGAGAGAGAGAAAAAAGAAUGGCCACCAUCGACCCUCUCUUGCCCGUCGGCCCGGCGCGGGUCAAGGCGCUGGUGCUGCCGGUCGGACACAUCACGCGCGACCGCUUCACUGCUUUUGUCCGCCGGCUGAAUAGUGAGGGCGUGGUGUUUUUGAGGGAUGUGACGCCUGAUGCGCGGCCGCAUAGGAAUAUGUUCUCCCCCCUGGCGUUCCCCGACGGCGCCAUGUUCUACGACUUGAUACAGCACCACCCGCCGGCCUCGCACCUCUCGCUGUCACCGUUUGAUCUCUUCCGUGAACCCCUCGCCGUGGUCGCCGUGGCGGACGGCGCUGAGCUGCCCAAGGCGGUCUUCAGCAAGCGCCACUCUGGGGGCCGGACGGACUUGGAGGACCUGCGGGAUCGGUACCCCAAGGUGCUGGCGCAUCAGGUUCCGCUGCCGAUACCGGAAGGGGUGGUCACGAUACCGCCGCCGGAGCAUUCGACGAGGACGACGAUCAAGACGGUCAUGUGCGAUAUCUCGGCGCUGAUUCUGGCGGAGAUGACCACGCUGGCGAAGUCGUACGAGGGUAUGUCGUAUAUCGAUUCGCCGGGCCAUUCGUCGACGCACCCGCCGGCUGGGAUAGACGGCGGCGGUACCCCGGCGCCGAGGAGGAACUCGCAGUUUUCGUUGCCCGCGAGCCGGAGUCAGGUCCGCAUGUCCAUGCCGCCUGUUCCCUCGAACCGCCAGCCGAUCAGCUCUGCCGGGUCGACACCCCGACCGUCGACGCCGGUGAGCGCGAACAAGCCGCUUCCAUCCCCGCCGUCGACCCCCCCCGAACAACGCGGCAGCAGUUCGCGUCCAGACAUGAUCGACGGAUUCCGUACGCAAAGCCAGGACCGGGUUACCGUCCAGGGGUUCGGCCCGGGCGGGCUCAACGACCGGUGGAGGAGCAAAGGGAAAUGCCGGGUCCAGACGGUGAUCGGAUCCCUAUAUCUCCAAGCCGGCCUGUGGAACAACGCGCUUAAGGAACUCACUGAAGCGGCCACAGUCGCCAAGUCAGUCAACGACCAUCUCUGGCACGGCAAGGCCCUCGAGCUCACGCUCAUCAGCCUCCUCCUCCUAGGCUGGGCCGGCAUCGAGUUCCGCGGCAACGCCGCGGCCAUCGCCCUCCAAGAAGCCGAGGCCCGCGAUCCCAACCAGCCGCACUGGCUGCGCAACCUGCAGGUACACAUGCCGGAACUGCUGGAGCGCAUCAUGGGGCUCUACUCACGCAUCUCCGCCGAACACCUCCCGCCGCUCCCGCUCUCCGAAGCCGUCAUCCGCUUCUGUCGCAUGUCAGCCGCCAUCCACACCGCCCACGGCCAGCUGUGCCGCGAAUCCCUCGAGAUGAUCGUUUUCGGCGUGCCCCCGCGCCCGACGCGCACGCAGAUCGUCGCGACGCUGUUCCGCGCGUUUCCCGCGUCUUCGUCGGAGCUGUUGACGACGGUGGAUCGGACGGUGAUUCUGAGCGGGAUUGCGUCGUUGUUGGGGCAUUUGGGCUUUCAGCGGAAGAAGGCCAUGGUCGUUCGCGAGCUGGUUUCUGUGUUGGUGGUUGGUCUCGUCGAGGCCCGGACACGGGGUGCUGCGGAUGUGGGGAUUCACCCGGCUGCUGGGCUGGUUGGGUUGAAUGGUGCGGGCGGGACCCGGGAAGGGGCCGGCGGGGCGUUGGAGUUGGCCGAGGGGGAUACGUAUGGGGUGGUAGGCGGGAAUACGCUGGGGGAACAGGGCGAUGCUGUGGACGCGGAGGUGGUGCAGCGGAUUCAGAAGCAGUCGGCUGCGCGGUACUUUGGCAUGCGGGAGGUGAAACUGGACAUCCUGCGGGCGUGUAUCAACUUCUCGGAGGCGCUGCCGGAUUUCGAGGGUGUGCUGAAGUACUCGAGCGAUCUGCUGCGGACAGCGGGCAGUGGCAUUGCCCCCGGGCCGCGACGGGAGAAUGCGUACCCUUCGAUUACGCGGGAGGAGCAGAUCCGGCUUGUGGCGAGUAUCACCAAGACGUCGGCGCUGUCGCAGCGUUUAGGCAUGGGUCUAUUGACGGCGGAGUAUUGGGAUGAGUUCCUCGUUCGGGGCAUCACGCUGGAAGCGCUACCCCCGACGAGAACACCGCUGCCACACGCUAGGACUGUCCUUCCCGGGAUCACGGCCGCGCGGAGCUCGCAGGAUGUUGAUCCAUUUAUCUAUAAUCCUUUCCUGAAGCGGCCCGAUACGGCAACAGUCGACCGGACCUUGGUAGCAGGCGAACCGGCCAACUUCCGGCUGACGCUGCAGAACCCGUACGAGAUUGAACUAGAGCUGGAGAGCAUCCGGUUGGACACGGAAGGCGCCGAGUUCGAGUCAGCGGUGGAAACGACGACCAUCGGUCCCUACCGGACACAAAUCAUGCGGAUAUCGGGCACACCCAAGGCCGCGGGGGCGGUUAAAGUUACGGGAGCGCGUAUCAAAGCCCGCGGGUGUCGGGAGAGGCGGUUCCCCAUCUUUGCGGACCCGUGGGCGCCCGAGGACGAGGCCAAGGUCAAGGCUAUUGGGCUCGGUGCGCUGGAUGUCAACGCGGCGGUCGCGUCGCCGGCGAUUCAGAGGCUGAAACCCCGGGAUAUUGAGUUGAACGUGAUUGCGCAGCAGCCUGUGGUCGUGGUCAAAUCGUCGACGCUUCCGCAGUCGUCGGUGAUGAUUCUCGAGGGGGAACGGCAGUCGUUUUCGGUUACCCUACAGAACCUGUCGACCACCACACCUGUCGAUUUCCUCCUGUUCUCCUUUAAGGACUCGACGCAGGAGCCGCUGCAGCUGGCGCUGAGCAACCGCGAUGCGACAGCCACAGAGCUGUACGAGUACGAACUGGUGUUGGCAAAGAAACAGCCGCUCCGGCUCAAGAAUCGAGACGAUAGCAAGCGGUUCAUCCCGCCGGGACAGACGGCCACGUUCGAUUUCGAACUACUCGGCCGGCCCGGGCUGACGCAUGGGUUGAUCCAGGUGGAUUAUGCUUAUCUCGGUGUGCCGCAUGACGAGGUGGCGGAGAAGUUCUACACGCGCCAGGUGUCGAUGGAGUUGACGGUUACGGUUAAUGCGAGUGUUGAGAUUACACGGGUGGAUGUGCUACCCCUGACGAGCAAUAUCCCGGCGCCGCUGUGGGAGCGCGUUACGGAGCAGAAGGAGGGGGGUCAACGGCAACAGUCCUCCUCUCAACCGCCUUUGCUCACGGCGGAUACGCACUGUAUUUUGCUGUUGGAUUUGCGGAAUGCCUGGCCUAGCCAGAUGACGGUUCAGUUGUCCUCCUUACCAGACCCCAAUGCCCAGAACGAAGAAAGCGACUCUACGGCUGUACAAAUCACAGAGCACAUCCUCCCCGGCAACACCGCGCGCGUACUGCUGCCCAUCCGCAGAGUCUACCUAGAAGACCCCCACGCCUUUGUGCCGGCGCUGAACCCGGCGCGUCAGCGGCAGUUUGUGGUCAGCACCAAGAUUGCGCCGGAGGUGGAACGGGCUAGUCGCGAGGCGUUUUGGUAUCGGGAGAAGGUGCUGGAUGUGUUGAGGGCUAGUUGGCGGACUAGUAGUGCGGGUGGGGGGCAAAGGGCCGGACAGAGGACGGGAGAGAUUGAGUUGCGCGCUGUGAGGUUUACGGCCCGGAUGGUGGAGGCCAUCAAGGUGGAUGAGGUUGAUGUGAGUGUUACGUCCACCAACAACAAUACCAACAACGCCAAAAACACCCACCUCGCCCGCGUCGACGCCUUCCUCGAACUACGCAUCCUCAUCACCAACCGCUCCGCCCGCCCCAUCCACCCCCUCCUCCGCCUCACCCCGGUCCUCUCCCACCGCCCCUUCAACAUCUCCCUCGACUUCACCCGCAAAAUGGCCAAAUUCGCCUGGAACGGCAAUCUCCAACAGUCCCUCCCCUUACUCCCCGGCCACGGCGCCACCGCCGAAGUCCGCAUGGGCGUCACCGCGCUGUGCAGAGGGGAGUUUGAUAUACUGGCUAGUGUGGAAGAGGCGAGAUUGUGGAGGGAUCCGGAGGAGAUGAAAACGACAAAAAAAAUGCCCCGCCCCCGCAUCCUCUUCCUCGACGCCUUCGACUCCUUCUCCAACAACAUCACCUCCCUACUCACCACCCUCCUCGACGCCGACGUCUUUGUCCUACCCAUCGACGACCCCCUUCUCGCCAACACCAACAACAACAACAGCGAUGGCCGUCUCCCUUCUUCGUCUCCGCCAGAAGACGAGGAAAGCAAUCACUACGGGAAUGUGAGCAACAACCCCCGCGCGCGCUUCAUCGCCGAACUCCAGCGUUACGACGCCGUCGUCUGCGGUCCGGGCCCCGGUCACCCGGAUAACGAGGCUGAUGUGGGCUGGAUGCGGUAUGUUUGGGAACUGCAGCAGGCGGAGAUACUGCCUGUGCUGGGGGUGUGUCUUGGGUUCCAGAGUUUGGUGAGUGCGCAUGGGGGAUCGGUGGGGAGGUUAAGGAGGGGGUUGCAUGGGAUGGUUAGGGGGAUUGUGCAUAGGGAGGAUGGGGGGCAGGAUAGGGAUGUGUUUGCUGGGGUGGGGGAGUUCAAGGCGACGCUGUAUCACAGUUUGUGUGGGGAUAUUGGGCAGGCUGGGGUGGUGGGUGAAGCGGAGUGGGAGGUGCAAAAGUGGCUGCCGUUUGAGGGGUGUCCGGAUUUGGUGCCGCUUGCGUGGGUGGAGGAGGAACGGGAGGAUGAUAACCAGGGGAAGGAGAGGAUUCUCAUGGCGGUUAAGCACCGGAGCAAGCCGUUUUGGGGUGUGCAGUAUCACCCAGAGUCAGUCUGCACGGAGGAAGAGGGGAAUAAGGUCAUUGUGAACUGGUUCAAGGAGGCACAGAGGUGGAAUCAGGCUAGGGGGCGGACGCCGGUGAUGGAUGGUCAAGGUAUGGCGAGGGCGGCUACGCGGCCGAGUCUGCUUUCACGGCUGGGAACGCUGGGAGUGCUGGGAAACGGUAGUGGUCAGGACGAAGGAGCGUGGUGGAUGGGUCUGGAGACGGACCCUUCUCUUCAUUUCCUCUCGGUGCCAUUGCCGUCUGGGGUUCAGGUUCCUGAUAUCGUCGAGGCGCUUGAGCUUAAAGGCUCUGAACGGAUCGUGCUGGACUCAGCCAAUGUCGCGCCGGCCACUUCGAACGCCGAUGUCCGCGGACGAUACAGCAUCAUCGCAGCCGGGUUGCAUGAGGCUUUGCAUCUCGAGCACCACGUCGGCGAUGCCUAUGCCACGAUCUCAUGUGCCUCGCUCGGAGGGUUGCCCACCAACAUAUCCGCCAAGGUACCGCUUGCUCGAUACGGCGAUAUCUGGGGGUUGGUGGCCGAGUUCCACGAGAAGCGCUACGUGCCCGCGACAGAACCAGCGUACACCCCCUUUGUCGGCGGGUUCAUGGGGUACAUCACUUACGAGCAAGGCCUAAACGACAUCGGCGUCCCGCUGCAUCAGCCACGUCCGCAUCGCCGGCCCGAUGUUGCGCUCGUCUGGGUUAUCAAGAGCAUCGUCGUCGACCAUCUGCAGCAGAUUAUCCACGUCCAGCACCUAGCCGCUCAGGGGGCCGCAGACCAUACGUGGAUGGACAACACGGCAGACAAGCUACGGUCUCUACGUAGCCCGCAACGGCGGCCUUCCUUCACCAUGGCACCGCCGUCGUUGCCCCUGAAACCAUCCCGGCGCCCAUCGAUGAGCACAUCGAUCCACCCGCCGCAGACAAAGGAGUACGAGGCCAAGGUUCGGACCUGUCAGGAAUACAUUGCCGCGGGCGAGUCGUACGAACUCUGUCUGACGGACCAGACGACGCUGACCCGGCCCCUGAGCGAUCAGCGCAACCGCCGUCCAUCCCAAAACCACACUACCACCACCACCGCCUCCACCUCCUGGACCCUCUUCAAGCGUCUCCGCGCCAACCAACCCGCCCCCUUCGCCUCCUACCUCCGCCUCGGUCCCGCAACCCUCGUCAGCGCCUCGCCCGAACGUUUCCUAACCUACUCCCGCACCGGCCUCUGCUCGAUGCGGCCGAUGAAGGGUACCGUGCGGAAAUCCGACGCCGUGGCCACGCUGGCGCAGGCUGAGAAGAUCCUGCAUGUGCCCAAGGAGGAAGCGGAGAAUUUGAUGAUUGUGGAUUUGGUAAGGCAUGAUUUGCAUGGGGUAUGUGGUGCGGGCGGAGUGGUGGUGAGGGAUUUGUUGAAGGUGGAGGAGUAUCAGAGUGUGUUUCAGAUGAUUACUGUUGUUGAGGGGCAGUUGCCUUCUUCUUCUUCUUCUUCUUCUUCCUCCUCCUCUUCUCCUCAAAGAAAACACCGAUCUCCCGGUACGAACGCGCCAGACAGCAGCGUGUACACCGGCCUCGACGUACUCGCAGCCAGCCUCCCCCCCGGUAGCAUGACGGGCGCUCCCAAAAAGCGCAGCUGUCAGAUCCUGCAGGAGAUCGAGAACCACCAGGAGCGGGGACUCUACUCAGGCGUGGUGGGCUACAUGUGUGCCACGGGACGGGGCGACUGGAGCGUGACGAUCCGCAGUCUGUUUCGCUGGGACGAUGAGCAGGUCACGGUUGCUGUUGUCAAUGGCAAUGGCAACGGGAACGGGGAAGAUGGGAAGCUGGAGGAGGAGACACAUGAGGUGUGGCGGAUUGGGGCGGGUGGUGCGGUGACGAUUUUGAGUACGGCCGAGGGAGAGAGGGAGGAGAUGUUUACCAAGUUGGCUGGGCCGUUGAGGACGUUUGGGGAGGAGCCGUGUCGGUGA